AAGGAAAAAUGGAGCGGCGACGACCGGUGGAGAGUGGAGACGACGAACGGAGGAAACAGAAGCCGCGAGCGAGCGAGGAAGACGACGCAAGGAAGAAGAGGGCGGUGGCGAUGGAUCCGAUGCUGUGGCACAAGGUGGCCGCCGUCUCCGGGGUUGCUGCCCUUGGACUUGGCACCUAUGGCGCGCACAUGUUCCGCCCCAAGAACCCCGCGUACAAGGAGGUUUGGCACACCGCGUCCCUCUACCAUCUCGUCCACACCGCGGCGUUGCUCGGGGCUCCCGUCACCAAGCACCCCAAUGUCUUCGGAGGGCUUCUCACGGCUGGGAUUGUUCUCUUCUCUGGAACGUGCUACACUGUGGCUUAUCUUGAAGACAGGAAGUAUUCUUCGACGGCACCGUUGGGGGGCUUUGCGUUCAUCGCUGCAUGGGCCAGUCUGCUCUUCUGACUACAUUGUGUUUCAGCAUGCCAAAACAUAUUACAUUACUGAAUGCUUUGUAUUUGGUGCUCUAUCAUCUCACGCAGUUGACUGGUAUGCAUCUCUAUUAUGACCUUCUAGAAGAGAAAUAAAAUAAAACCAUAAACCUUGUUGGUCACU